AUGAGUAACGUUUUCCAACCAAAUAAAAAUCAAAAGCCUAAUUAUUUUAGGGGCAACCAUUGCCCUAAUUCUGAAAAGAAAAGAAAAUUCUCUCGUCUCUUUGCCACUGUCCUAAUUCGAAGAAGAAGAAAAAAUUGCUGUGUGUCUUUCGACGCCUCUAGCUACUCCAUCUCGUCUCUUUCGACGCCUCUGGCUACUCCAUCAUCUAAGUACUUUUAUAAGGCUGGUAGUAGUUCAUACAAGCUGAAUCCUGGGCCACUUGAACCGUCUGUAUUAACUCAACAACUUACUCAUAGGUCACGGGAUAUAUGGGAUGGAAGUGCUGAUAUAAUUCUUAAUAUGAGAAAGAGUGAUGGAAGUUUUUGGAAGCUCGUAGAAAAAUAUCCUAUCCAUCCACGAGUUUUAGAAGUGAUUAAAUUAUCUGGAUUGUAUGGUGUUUAUAGAUGUAAUAAGCCUGCUAUUGAUCGUAGUUGGAUCACUUCAUUAGUUGAGCAUUGGCGUCCUGAAACACAUACUUUCCACUUUAGAACAGGUGAAGCAAGUAUCACUUUGCAAGAUAUCGAGGUGUUGUAUGGAUUACUCGUGAAUGGUGCUCCGGUACUUGGUAUUGAGACGACGAGAACUAUUGGUGAUUGGCAAAACAUUUGUCAAAGAUUAUUAGGUUUUGUUCCAUCUCUCCGGGACUUUAGCAGUAGUUUCCUCAAGGCCUCUGCGCUUAAAGCGCACAUGCUAAGUGAGCCACAAUUGUCAGACAUGACAACUCAAGAAAUACUCAAUCAGAAAGCUAGGUGUUACAUGUUCUGGAUGAUUGCACGUACGAUGAUGGCAGAUACAUCUGGUUCUUAUUUGAAGCUUAUGUACCUGCCUAUGCUCGAGGACGUCAAUGCAAUUGGGUCUUAUAGUUGGGGUAGUGCAACUUUAGCGUACUUGUAUCGUUUUCUUUGUAAAGCCCCAUAG